CACAUCACAGACACCAACUACUACUAAUUCUUCUCUCCCAAUUACUUGCUUUUUUUAGAAAUACCCAAAAUUUUUUGAAACCUGCAGCCCAGCAGGUGUAGGGGUCUAAAUUCCCAAUCCCUCUCCAUCAGAGGCCGCGGGCGACUGCGCAUCACAAGAGCAGAACCAAAUACCCACACAGCUCUGGUUCCUUGUUUGACGCCGGCCACAUCACCUCUAAUUAUUAGGAUGAGGGAAAGGAAAUCGGUGAAGCUGAAUCUCCAACAGCAGCAGCAGCAUCAGAAUGGUCACUUGUCUCCGUUUAAAUUGGCGAAGCUUUUAGAUCCUGAUGCUUCCUGGGACAAGGAUCAGCUUGGGGACGUACUUCACUGGAUUAGACAAGCAUUGGCUCUUGUGUGUGGAUUACUAUGGGGUGCAAUUCCUUUAGUUGGGGGCAUCUGGUUUCUCCUGUUUGUGGCGUUAUCCACUGGGAUUAUCUAUGCAUAUUACGCUGUUGUACUAAAAAUUGAUGAAGAAGAGUUUGGAGGUCACGGAGCGCUCCUUCAAGAGGGGCUAUUUGCUUCGAUAUGCCUCUUUUUGCUUGCAUGGAUUCUAGUAUACAGUUUGGCGCACUUUUGAGUGGCUCUAUUCUAGACCUGGACCAGCAGUUUAAUCUCUCUUCAAUACAAAAAUGGUAAUUGGGUCCUAUAGUUUUGAUGUUAAGCUGUGAAAUUUCCUUGCCGUUUUAGCUCAUCCUGAAAUGCUGAAAACUUUGGUGUAUUUGUGGCUCUCUCUCUCUCUCUCUCUCUCUCUCUUCAGUGUGUUUUAUUGGCUUGCAAAUGCAGGGAUAGGCUUAUCCUCCAUGUCUCUAUUUGAUCUUUUUCUUUUCCGGAUCUUGUUUCUUUUUGUUCAGCUUUUGAGGUACAAUUUUUGUAGCACAUUACGUAGCAUCACGAAUGAGACCUCUUGUUCGCCCUCAAUAAAACACUAGUAAUUUUCUUUCUCAUUCUUUAGCAAACUAGUGACACAACUGGAACCCAGUGACUCCAGUCCUAUCCACCGCUGGCAUUCAAAAAUUCGCCUAUCAUUGGUUUUGGAUGGAUUGAAUGUGUUGCACCUGAACCAUCCACAACUUUUCACUAGGCAA